CUUACAAUGAAACAAAACCAAUUACAGACCUAGUGACCCAGACCUAACUGCAAAUAGUUAGGGGUACAGUCAAGCACAACAUACAGAGUUUCUUCAGUGAAAAAGAAGAUGCUGUGUGAAAGUAAGCUGUGGAUUUUGAUGUUUUGCCCUGAACCCGAAUGUGCGAAUCCUUCAGCAUGCUGCACACUCGCAGCACCAUCGUCACCCCCACUGAGCUAUCAACUUUCAGCCCAAAUCCCAGUCCACUCAUCUCAAGAGGAGCACACCAAAACAACCCAGUGCGAUGCCCAUCUUUCCUCUACAACCCCUUUGGCAGGACGGCAACUGUCUCUCAGUGUGGACAUCCCCAGGCAGGCAGACUCACCAGAGGCCGAGGCCGAGGCCUUUUUGGUGCCCUCUAGCUGCCACAGCAUCUGUCAGCACUACAGUGAUUUACACAUUGCUGGUGGCCAGGUACUGCCUCUGAACUCCAGUGCAGGUGAUGUUCAGGGCUGUCACAGCCAGGACCUCCUGCCUGGGCCCUUCCUGAUGUCUGGAGAUGUACCUUCCCCCUCCCUCCUGCCUCCUUUGGUCCAUGAGUACCGGAGCUCAAGGCGUUGGAGGGAAGAAAGUGGCCGUGAGCGUACCUCUCUUCUGCAGUUUGCUCAGCCCCUCUCUAACUCCCAGCUCAAUGGCUACCUGGAACAGAAACUUCUGGAGCUGUACAGGCAGUACCUGACCGAGGGGCCUGCGGGGACAAGGCCGGUCAUGGCAUCUGAGCUACUGCAGACCAGCCUGGACCAGAUGACCCUACAGUUGAGCCGUGAGCAGAACAUGGAGACAGCACGAGCCAAAGACAUGCUGCUUAGCUGUCUUCUGAAAGUCACCAGCAGUUAUCAGUCCAGUGAGAUCAGCACACCUCUACUGCAGAUCUCCACUGAGAUAUUGACACAUGAUAACUUUCAAAAGUGAGUUUGAAAGGAGGCAGAAGUGGGAAGAAAAAGACAGGGGGGAGGUAGAUGAAAGCUUGCUAAAAAACAAAAGUUUUGGCAGUACGUCUUAAGAGAUUAAGCAGUGCUUCUUCAUAUUGUCUUUCAAAAGUACAAUGUAAUAGCUUGAAAUGAGAAUGCUAAAGUGAUAGUUCACCCAAAAAUAAAAAUGUGGUCUCUGUCAUUAUGUCUCUCAAAUUAUGUUUUGCAGAAUGUUAUGGAUACUCUCAAUCACCUUUGAUUUUUUUUUUCUCCUCCAUAUAAUGAAAGCAAAUGGUUACUGAGACUGAAUAUUUUGUUAGCCUAAUGACCCACAGCCUAACAUCUUUUAUGUUUCACAGAACAUAAGGAAGUCAUACAGGGUUUGAACAACAUGCAGAUGAGUAAGUGACAGAAUUUUACAUUUUGGGUGAACUAAAUUUUCAAUUGUAAUGAUGUUGAUCAUUGUCAUAACACAUUUGAUUCAAAAUCUAAACUUGACACAUAGCCUGUGCUUAUGCACACAUGCACGUUCCAUAACCAAGAGUCGACAAUAAUGUAUAUGAAAUGAAACAAAUACUGAUCAAAGGGAGUUCAUUGUUCAUCUGAGUCCAUUGUAACUUUGCAAGGUUUUUGUUUUGUUUUUAUAUAUAAGAAAACAAGAGGCGUUUUACAUCUUUUCAAAACUUUCAACUCUGGUGUUGCAGUAAGGUGUUUAUAUUUUUAUGCUGUGUUGAUACAUUUAAGAUUAUCUUUCUGACAAAGGGGAUUCUGAGGCUAGG